ACAAUAACAAACUUGAAACUGGUUUCUCAUGCAAUUAGCAAUGAAAAGUGCAUCAUUACAUUAAUUGCAUCUCAACGAUGCAUCGUUAUUCAGCCUUUGAAAAUGCUGCAAUCUUCCAGUGUCCAGCAUCAGAUGUGUAAGUGAGAAAGCAAGCGGAAGUACGUUGCAACGCAUUUUCAUAAUAAUAUAACUCUGGUUCAGCGAGCAGAAAACGCAGUGACACCGAAUCGUCCACUUACGGUUACGAUAUCCAUGAUUUAACCAUUAAUGGUAAUAAUAAAAUUAUUCAAAAAAGCGAUUUUCAGUAAAUUAGCGAACAUGAAAAUCGCGAUACACAGCUUGACCGAGAAUCCAACUGCGGCGUGGGAUGUGAUAUCAAAAACGCAGAAAGUGUUCAAAAUAAAUGUUGCGGCGCCGAAAACAAACGUCACCGAUAACAUGGUGCGCGUCGUUUGCAUGAGUGACACGCAUUCUUUAACAUCGCAUCUAAAAUACGAUAUCCCAGAAGGCGACAUAUUUAUCCACGCCGGCGACUUUACCCGAUGCGGCGGCGAAGAAGAAGUCGUGAAUUUCAACACUUGGCUAGAAAAACUUCCUCACAAACACAAAAUAGUCAUCGCCGGUAACCACGAAUUGAGUUUUGAUCCGACGUUCACCCAUCCGUUGACCAACAGAAUAUCCUACCAACGAGGCAAUCGAGUAGACGAAAUACCCACUUUAGGACUCGACAGAAACGAUCUGAAACAGGCAGUGGAAAAACCUGAUAUCAGACAGAAGCUUACCAACUGCGUAUAUUUAGAAGAUUCGCAAAUAAGCGUGUAUGGAAUAAAAAUCUACGGAACACCGUGGCAACCGGAAUUUUGUAACUGGGCGUUUAAUUUACCUCGUGGACAAGACUGUUUGGACAAAUGGGAUUUGAUACCGGAAGGUACGGAUAUCUUAGUCACGCAUGGGCCACCGUUGGGUUUCGGCGAUUUAUGUUGUACCGGAGCACGCGCAGGCUGCGUCGAACUUUUGUCCACGGUGCAACAGCGAGUACUUCCUAAAUAUCACAUAUUCGGACAUAUUCACGAAGGUUAUGGAGUAACUUCGGAUGGCAAAAUCAUCUUUAUCAACGCUUCGACCUGCAACAUCAAUUACCUUCCUAUCAAUCCACCGGUCGUGUUUGAUAUUCCUUUACCGCCGGGAGUAACUAAAAACGAUUUUAACUGAAUUUUAUCGCUCUCUUAUUAAUAAUACUCUUGUUUUAUGUUCGUACCUGUAAUUCUUCGCGUUUUUAUAUUCCUAUUUUUUUCCUAAAAAUGACUAUUUUAAUAAGCUCGUUUGUUCAUUGGUUUGUUCAGUAUUAUGUUCUAGGUAUUUGAAUGAAUCGAAGAAAGUUUUUAAUCGAUA